GGGCUAUCUAAUAGGCGAUGGCCCAUGGCCCAAUCUUCCUUCGCCUUUACCCUCAACGGUGAUCGUGUCUCGUUUCAGCCAUUCUCCUGUCCUGAGAAAACGGUGACCGGAAUUUUACUCCGAUCGAUCUCUGUUUCCGACCCCUCCUAGCCAAAUGGUCAGGUCCUUCGGUCUGAAACGCACGCCGAACCUUUUCCUCAGAAAACACCGAAAAUGGCCGCUUUCCCCUUACAAAUCCAAAUGGCAGAAAACCUUCGACGAAAACCAAGCUAUGCAAUCCCUCAAACAAGCAACAAAGCAGCAGUUGCAGAAUCCUGACCCGCCUCUUCUCCUCUCCUCCCUCACAAACUCUUUCGCCGCCUACGACCUCGAACCAACCCCACAAGCCUAUCAUUUUGUCAUCACAACUCUAUCCCACAGCCUUCAAUUCCGUCACAUCCCUUCGGUUCUUGACCGCCUUGAACGCGUCGAGAAAUUUCCGACACCCGAGUACGUCUUCGCCGACCUUAUCAAAACCUACGGCGCUGCUAACAAUGUUCAAGACGCUGUUGAUCUUUUUUGUCGGAUGCCCAAGUUCAGGUGUGUCCCUUCUGUGCACUCUCUCAAUGCUUUGCUCUCUGUUCUUUGUAGAAACGAACUUGGUCUUAAGUUGGUGCCGGAAAUUCUGUUGCAGAGUCAAGCUAUGAAUAUAAGGGUUGAAGAAUCGAGUUUUAAGAUAUUAGUUUGUGCUCUUUGUAGAUUAAAUAAGGUUGCGUAUGCUAUUGAGAUACUGAAUUGCAUGAUAAAAGAUGGGUUUGCCAUUGAUGAUGAAAUUUUUUCAUGUAUACUGUCAUCAGUCUGUAUGCAGAGAGAUUUGGGUAAUUUAGAUAUCAUGGGUUUUUGGGAGGAACUGAGAAAGCUUGGGUUUUGUCCUCGUACGGGUGAUUAUGUUAAUGUGAUGAGGUUCUUGUCGAAAGGAGGCAGGGUAAUGGAUGCUUUCGAUGUUCUAAAUCAAAUGAAAUCUGAUGGAGUUAAGCCUGACAUUGUCUGCUACAAUAUAGUUUUAGGUGGUAUUAUUGGAGAAGGGAAUUUCGAGGCAGCAGAUGAUGUGUUUGAUGAAUUGCUUGUGUUGGGUUUGGUUCCGGAUGUCCAUACUUACAAUGCCUAUAUAGAUGGUUUAUGCAAACGAAAUAAUAUUGAACAGGGAAUCAGGUUGAUCACUUGUAUGGAGAAGUUGGGGUGCAAACUUAAUGUGAUCACUUAUAAUGUGUUGUUGGAGGCAUUGUGUAACGUUGGUGAUAUGAGUAAAAUGAGAGAGCUUGUGGAGGAGAUGAAAGUUAAGGGAAUUAAGCCAAAUUUGCAGACAUAUAGGGUAACAAUUGAUGCUCUGGCUAGUAAAGGUGAAAUUUUUGAAGCUUGUGCAUUGAUGGAGGAAGUUUUGGAUAAGUUCUUUUGCGGACAAUGUUUCACACUAGACAACAUAAUUUCUGGUUUGUGCCAAAGAGGGUUAGUUGGUAAAGCACUGGAAUUACUUAAUAAAAUGGCUGACAAGAGAGUUUCUCCUGGUGCUGGUGUUUGGAAUGCACUUCUCAGCACAGGAUACAAACUUGAUUUUGAUGAGACCACAUUCAUUGAUUUAGUAGGUCCAGUUUAAAUUGCCUUGUCGCGUUUUGCGUGGUGUAAUAUUCAAUCAAUAAAUUUUCUAACCCUACCCAUUGAGAUUUCCAUAUGUGACCUUUUACCUAAAAGAAAGAGGACCUCAUAUGUGUUGUAGAGCACUGACUUCUCUUUUUUCUGUGGAGAAACUGUGUGUAUAUUAAAUGGUUGUUCGCGUAGGCAUAUAAUCCACAUUGAUUGUUUGUUUUCUGCAGAUGAAAUGUUUUCUUUUUGGUACCCAAGCAACUGGGUCCUUCCUUUUCCUGAUCCUAUAUGGUUGACUUGCUGCUGCAGUUGGCUUAUUUUGACACCCCUUUUUUCCUUGCAACAAUCAUUUACUGUUUCCAUAUACCAGUUAGCAUAAAGUUGGCUUUGAGUUGGGUAUCCUUUUAAUUUGCCAUGGACAUUCUAGGAUAGAAAUGACGCAUUGGAUUCUGUUUGGUAUAUAUGGUUUUAAUUAAUUAAUUUUUUUUGU